AUGGCAUCCGAUAUAACUCAUGUAUUGUUUGAUUUGGACGGAACUCUCAUCAAUACACCGGAAAUAUUGGUGGAUAUCCUCAGAGAUUAUGCCAAAAGUCACGGAAAAGUGUUGUCCAAAGAAAUUGAAUGUGUGGAGCGGUUGGUGAAACACCUGCACCGACACGGCAUACAUAUGGCGAUCGCCACGGCUAACAGAGGUCGAGCACUAAUGGACUCGAGGUUGAAAAUGAGGCCAUUUCUGGACGACGACUUAUAUUUUAGUCACUCUGUGGCCGGUUAUGACGAUCCGGAGGUAAUGUUCAAUAAGCCGAACCCUCAGGUGUAUCACAUUUGUGUCAAACGUUUUACUACACCUCCAAAAUCUAAUGCUAACGUAUUGAUAGUGGAGGACUCCCUGACCGGUAUCACCGGAGCAGUGGCUUCAGGUGUGUACUCAACUAAAUUUACACUAAUACCUGGUGUGGAGCGGUUGGUAAAACAUCUGCACCGACACGGCAUACAAAUGGCGAUCGCCACGGGAACAAGUUCUCGACUACUGGCCGCUUCUCGGGUACAGAUGAAGCCGUUUCUGGACGACGGCUUAUAUUUCAGUCACGGUGUGUCCGCUUAUGACGACCCGGAGGUUGUGCUCAAAAAACCUGACCCACAGGUGUAUCACAUUUGUGUGAAUCGGUUUAAAACACCCCCGAAAUCUAAUGCUAACGUAUUAGUAGUGGAGGACUCUCUGACCGGUAUCACUGGCGCCGUCGCCUCAGGAAUGAAGACUCUAUUGAUUAAUGACCAGAAGUUAUGUUCAUUUGAAACAAUCGCCGAUAGGAUUACAGUUAUUUGCAACACAUUUGAUGAUUUUAAACCAGAAACCCUUGGCUUUCCUCCAUAUGAGACAUAA